GGAGUUUUACUGCAUAUUUGCAUGCAUAUUUAGCCAUUUUUAAAUGCAUAAUUAUCCUAAGCCUAGUCAUGAGAAUCCUGGCUGUGACUCCCAUAGUUUUUAUAUAUGCAGUUCCAUCAUCCCUCAGGUCACCUACACAAUCAGGUACCCGGUAACUCAGCCUCCCAUCACUACCAUCUGAAGAUGACUUGUAGUCUGACCCCCCGUGUUAGCUUAUGAGUCUUGGGUACAAUAAACCAGCCCAAAUAUAAAAGAAGACAACACAAUAGUACAAUGUAUGAAAUCUUAAUAAACUGGCCAUGUUGUUACCUAUCUGUAGCUCUAUGCAAGGAUAUUAUAUUUAAGUAGAACAAGGAUAAUUUACUAUCUAUUUACUAUUCAUUUUAAUGGUUUUCAAAGAUUAAUUCAUAUUUUAUCUCAAUUUUCCCUCAACUCACCAGGUUUCGAGCACUACCUGGAAGAAGGUGUGGUUGGAGCUGACGGGCCUCAACACCACCAGGAAAUUUCGUAAGCCACACGUCUCACUGAACCGACACACUCGUAAGGAGAACCGCCAAAAGUCGGAUAUGAAAUACAAGUUGGCGACAUUCACCAAGUUCAUCAUUGUGCGUCACCCAUUUGAGCGUCUCCUCUCCGCCUACAGAAAUAAGGUCGAAGGCCCCAAGAGAACACGUUAUCAAGGAUCACCGUUCAGAUAUGUCAAGAAGUAUCGUUCAAACGCCACUCAGACAGAUAUCACAUGGCCGGAGUUUGUGACUUACCUCAUUAAUGGCGGCUACGUAAGGAACAAUCAUUGGCGCCCUUACGGUACACGGUGUCACCUGUGCGCCAUUGACUAUGACAUCAUCGCCAAGUAUGAAACUCUAGUGAAGGAUUCUGAGGAGUUCCUACGGAGAGUGGGAGCCCCGGAGUCCUUACACUACCCAGAAUAUCAUCCCAGCAGCACCAAGGACAUUCUGGAGAGUUAUAUGAAGAAACUCACUAAGGAGCAGAUCGACCGCCUCUACCACACUUACAAACAAGAUUUUAUACUUUUCCAGUAUACAUAUAACACUCAGUAGACUUGCUGUUGAUGACCACCCUCCCACCAGCCUCCCCCUGUCUCUCCCACACCUCCCUCUCUCACCCACACACCUCCCUCUCUC